UCAAAACGAUAUUAGUUUAUCAACAAACGAUAUCAACAAAUUGUCGGAUCUGUUAAACAGUGAAAGCUUUUUUGAUCCAAAUUGGGACGCCUAUGACAAGAAUAAAAUACAUAACAACACAAUUUAUGUCUUUAGAUCACUUUUAAGCAAACGUUUGAAAGAAGAGUCUUUGUCUAAAAAAUGCAAAUAC